UCGUAUCGAAAAAAAUAAAAACAACAAAAUAAUUUCAUUCUCAUUGACACAAAAGGUUUAUAUCAGAUAUUUUUUGAUAGCGUGACCUUUUACAAUCAUGCUGUUUUCUGUUUUUUUUUUCAUUUCAAAUCACGAAGUAAUAAAAUCAUAAGUAGAAAAACAGCUCAAUUUAGUUAAACGUGGGAUACAGGUUGAUUCUGAAAAUUUUCUUUUACCGUUGUUUGCACCUGAUUUGUAAAUUGCACCUGAUUAACAAGUUUCAUCUAAUUUGCGUCUCUUAUCAAAUUCACUCUUCGAAUUCAUGAGAUUCAUCUGAUUAACAAAAACAACUCACAUAGUUCAGUUAAUUUGCGAUAUCUAAUAAGGAUAAGACCUAACCGAAUUAAAACGAACUCAAAACUUAAAAAAUGGAUCGAAGACAUACAGAUCCAGUAAAGGAACGGACAACUUCUUCUACAAGCGAUAACUCAAUAACUGAAUACGUAAAUGAUGCCUUUGAAGAUUCAGAGUUACAACUGAGCAAAGUUGUAAGUGUCAAUGUCGAGAAAGAUCUCACUUGGGUAAAAAAUCCAAUUAGUGAUUUACCAGAAAGUAAAAGUAACAAGAAUUUACAGAAUUUUGUAGAUACUACUGAAUCUGAAAAAUGUAUAGAAGAACCAAUCGCUCUUCUACACAUAAGGAAAAUGUAUCUGGCAGCAUUUGUUGUUUUAUUAUUUGCUGUAUGUAUGGGCAUGACGGCAACAUACUCUGCAACAGCAACUGUGGAUAUGGGAAAGCCACAUAGUACUAUUAAACCAGAUGACGAAGAAAUAUCCUGGAUUGGUAGUUUAAUGGCAAUUGGGGCAUUAUUUGGUGGAUUUGCUGCAAGUUUCCUUACAAAUUACUUGGGAAGAAAAGGAACCCUUAUGUUUAACACCAUUCCUUCCGUAGCUGGAUGGUGUAUGAUAGCGUAUGCUGAUACUCUAGGAAUGAUAUAUGCCGCACGUAUCGUAACAGGUUUCUGUACAGGAGUCAUAUCUGUAGCUACACCAAUGUAUUUAGUAGAAAUUUCUACUCCCGAAGUUCGAGGUCUUCUUGGAUCAAGUUUUCAGCUAUUUGUUGUUACUGGAGUUCUAUUCAUUGCCGGAUUGGGAUCUGUCUUAACAUGGAGACAUUCAGCCGUAGCUUCAGCUAUUACAUGUUUAGUGGCUGCUGCUUUAAUGGUGCCAAUGCCCGAAUCCCCAAAAUGGUUAAUUUCAAAAGAAAAACGCAAUGAAGCUAAGAAAGCCAUAAUAUUUUUGCAAGGUAAGGAAUUUGACACAGAAGGUGAAUUAUAUAAUAUGGAGGAAGAAAUCAAAUCACAACCUAAAUCCAGUGUUCAACUGAAGGAAUUAGCUUACCCUGAAUUUUAUAAGCCUUUAAUUUAUUCAGUUCUCCUCAUGUUUUUCCAACAAUUCAGUGGCGUCAAUGCAAUUAUGUUUUAUUGUGCGAAAAUAUUUGAAAACGCCAAAAGUAGCAUGGAUUCCAUACAAGCUACUAUUGUCGUUGCAGUUGUACAAGUAAUUGCUACUCUAGCUGCCAGUCUUUUAAUGGACAAAGCUGGUAGAAAAAUAUUGCUCAUGACUUCAAGUGUUUUCAUGGCAAUAAGUCUAAUCAUAUUUGGCGGAUUUAGCUUUGCUAAGUAUGAGGAUGAAACAAUUGUUUUAAAAUACGGUUGGGUGCCUUUAUUAUGUCUAAUGUCAUUUAUAGCAGCUUUUUCGCUUGGAUUUGGUCCUGCUCCGUGGUUAAUGGUUGCAGAAAUGACAUCUGCGCGAUUUCGAGGAGUAAUUAGUGGUUCUGCAACAACUCUAAAUUGGUGUUUUGUGUUUAUGGUGACUAAACUUUACCAUGCAGAAGAACAAUUAUUACAUGAUUUCGGAGUGUAUUUUUCAUAUUCCGUUAUAUGUGUAAUUAGUAUAUUUUUCACAUAUUUCUGGUUGCCUGAGACUAAAGGAAAAACUUUAGAGGAAAUUCAAGAAAGAUUCAGAAAGUCAUCAAUUUUAAGUGUACAGAAUUAAAACUCAUUUACAGAUUCAUUAAUAACUCACUAACUUUGUCAAUUUUCAUGCUUUAAUACUAAAAACAGAGCAUUAAUUUUCAUUGUAUAUAAAAUGGUCGCUCCUUUCUGCAGAGUAUAACAAAAGAACUGAGAUUUCUUCACAAAUAGAUAAAAUUCACAUUUAUCGUUAUUUAAUCGCUGGCAGCAUUUGAUUUUUGCAGAGCUUUCUAUUGUGUUUCAUCCUCAAAGUUAUGGAAACAAACAUAACAUUGAACUCGCAGUGAACGCUUUACACCUUAUCAAUCUCUCUGUGGCCCUAUUUUUCGUUUAGCAUAUCAAACCGUUCGCUUCCUUAAUCCUUUUCAGAAUCUGCAAAACCCUGGCAUUGAAUACUCACCAUGUUACUAUCUAUUAACAAAAAUGUAAUAUUGAGACAAAAUCUGCAGCUCUUCUCGCCGGGAACAUCAUACCGUGUUUCCCAAAUAUGAUCAACAAUUUGAAAAAUUGAUAAAACAAUUCGAAAAAAACGGACGAAAAUAGAAGGGAACAGCUUCUACCAUUUUACUUAGGAAACAAAUCUUAUUCUCAAAUAGUUUCGAAAUCAGUUACCAAUUACAACAACAGAUGGCGUUUCUGACAGAAAAUAAUAUUAAACAAUGUUUUCUGAUGCAUUUCAGACCAUUCCACUUGAACUGAACUGUAAAAUUUUGUUCUCAGACUGCACCACGAUGCUUCUGCGAACGCUAUUUAUUUUGAAAACAUUGUUUGAUAGUUUUUACAGUUAGCAGUGUCACCUGUGGACAAGCUUUGUUACUAAGUUUAAAAGUAGGGAAGAAUACGUGGUUUAACUUAAACAUGGUAAUUAAAUACGUGAUUUAUUAUAGCGAAUGCCUCGAGCCCUGCAUCUUUAUUUAAAUUUUUCAAAUUGUCGAUGUUUUGGGGAUAACCUGUAUGAGCUUUUAUUAAUAUUGCUACUGUUGUUGCACUGUUUUUAUUUUUAGGCUUAAUUCUUCUUAAAAUUAUUGUUUUAUAAAUUAAGUCUAAAUUUUUAUUUAUGAAAAUACAAGAUCUUUCAAGCUAGUCAAUUUUAAACAAACAGGGUGAGUAACACAUGCUUUUAACUAAAGUUUCAAUAUUUAGAGCUAUUUAUAGCAUUAUAUUUUCAUUAAAAUGAUGAUGAUGAUUAAACAAAACAUGCAAAAGAUAUUUAAUUUAAAACUAAAAUAACGCAUGGCCUUAUAGAGUUUUUCUGAGUUUUUAAAAAAAAAUCGAAUUAUAUAUUUUAUUUUUUAAACACUUCACUAAUUUUAA